AUGUCUCGCCCAGGCACCACCCUUUAUGUCACUGGUUUCGGGCAUGGAACCCGAGCUCGCGAUCUCGCAUACGAAUUCGAACGAUAUGGACGCCUCGUUCGGUGCGAUAUCCCAGCACCGCGUACUCCGUCUAGCAGACUUUUUGCUUUCGUCGAGUACGAGAGCCGCCGUGAUGCGGACGAUGCAUAUCACGAGAUGCACAAUAAGCGGAUCGGCCGCGAUGAUCUGCUCAAGAUAGAGUGGGCCCGUACUCCUCCGUCUGCUUCAUGGCGCUUUGAAUCCGGACGUGACCGACGUCGUGACCGUACUCCCCCUCGUCGAGGUCGCUCUCCAUCUCCUCGUCGUAGCCGAGGUGAUUAUUCCCCUCGCAGGGAUGAAAGAUACGAGAGAGACUAUGACCGACAUGACCGGGACUAUGACCGUCGCGACCGAGACUAUGACCGCCGUGAUCGAGACUAUGACCGUCGCGAUAGGGACCGAGAACGCUCUCGUGACCGUUCGCGAAGCCCUGAUGAAAGGGACCGUGAUGUCAAGGAAGACAGAGAACGUCGUGAUGAUGAGAGAGCGCCCCGUGAAGAAGAUCGCGAAAACGGCCCGAACGGUGAAGACAGGAAAGCACCUCUGGAUCCUCUGACUUCGGCUCAUGACGAGCUAGAUACUGCCGAGUAG